AUGCACCGCCCGCGCCCGCGCGCCGCCCCGCUCGCGCUGCUGGCCGCGCUGCUGGCCGCCCCCGCGGCCCUGGCCGGGGCCCCGCACCUGGUGCGCGUGGACGCGGCCCGCGCGCUGCGGCCCCUGCGGCCCUUCUGGAGAAGCACCGGCUUCUGCCCCCCGCUGCCGCACGGCCAGGCGGACCGGUUCGACCUCAGCUGGGACCAGCAGCUCAACCUGGCCUACGUGGGCGCCGUCCCUCACGGCGGCAUCCAGCAGGUGCGGACCCACUGGAUGCUGGACCUCGUCACGGCCAGGGGAUCAGUGGGGCAGGGCCUGAGCUACAACUUUACCCACCUGGACCGGUACCUGGACCUUCUCCAGGAGAAUCAGCUCCUCCCAGGCUUUGAGCUGAUGGGCAGCCCGUCCGGCCACUUCACCGACUUUGAGGACAAGCAGCAGGUGUUUGAGUGGAAGGACCUGGUCUCCGUCCUGGCCCGGAGAUACAUUGGGAGGUACGGGCUCGCGCAUGUGUCCAAAUGGAACUUUGAGACCUGGAACGAGCCGGACCACCAUGACUUUGACAACGUCACCAUGUCCUUGCAAGGCUUCCUGAACUACUACGACGCCUGCUCCGAGGGUCUGCGCGCCGCCAGCCCCGCGCUGCGGCUGGGCGGCCCCGGGGACUCCUUCCACCCGCCGCCGCGCUCCCCGCUGAGCUGGGGGCUCCUGGAGCACUGUCUCCGCGGCACCAACUUCUUCACCGGGGAGGUGGGCGUGCGGCUGGACUACAUCGCCCUCCACAAGAAGGGCGCGGGCAGCUCCAUCUGCAUCCUGGAGCAGGAGCGGGAGGCCGUGCAGCUGAUCCGGCGGCUCUUCCCCGAGCUGGCCGACACCCCGGUCUACAACGACGAGGCGGACCCGCUGGUGGGCUGGGCCCUGCCGCGGCCGUGGAGAGCCGACGUGACCUACGCGGCCAUGGUGGUGAAGGUCAUCGCGCAGCACCAGAACCAGCCGGGGGCCAACGCCAGCGCCGCCGCGCGCCUCGCGCUGCUGAGCAACGACAACGCCUUCCUCAGCUACCACCCGCACCUCACGCAGCGCACGCUCACCGCGCGCUUCCAGGUCAACAACACGGCCCCGCCGCACGUGCAGCUGCUGCGCAAGCCGGUGCUCGCCGCCAUGGCGCUGCUGGCGCUGCUGGACGGCGAGCAGCUCUGGGCCGAGGUGUCGCGGGCCGGGGAGGUGCUGGACAGCAACCACACGGUGGGCGUCCUGGCAGCGCGCACCGCCCGCGGGGCCCCCGCCGACGCCUGGCGCGCCGCGGUGCUGCUCUACGCCAGCGACGACACCCGCGCGCACCCCAACCGCAGCGCCGCGGUGACGGCGCGGUCCCAGCGUGCGCCGCCGGCAGGGCUGGUGUACGUGACGCUGCGCCUGGACAACCGGCUCUGCAGCCCCCACGCCGAGUGGCGGCGCCUCGGCCGGCCCGUCUUCCCCUCCGCCGAGCAGUUCCGGCGCAUGCGCGCGGCCGAGGUGACGCGGCUCCGCGCUCUGCCCCUGACCCGCGGGCAGCUGCUGCUGGUCUGGUCGGAUGACCUCGUGGGCUCCAAGUGCCUGUGGACCUACGAGAUCCAGUUCGCCCCGGACGGAGCCGCCUACAGGCCCCUCAGCAGGAAGCCCUCGACCUUCAACCUCUUCGUGGUCAGCCCAGACUCCGGCGUCGUCUCCGGCUGCUACCGCGUCCGCGCCGUGGACUACUGGGCCCGGCCAGGCCCCUUCUCCCGCCCCGUGGGGGCCCCAGGGCCCGCGCCCCGGCACUGCUGAUGGAGCCCGGGACCCGCUGUGACCCCCGCCCCUUGAAGGGCCUUCGCACACGUGGGCCUUGGUCGCAGCCCCCGUCUGGGGCCUGGGCCGCAGGGCUGGCUGGGGCAGGCCUCUGAGAGGCCGCGGGGAGCCGGGCCAGGGCCGCGUGGGGCUGCCCUUCCUCCCCGCAGCAGGGGAGGCCCUGCAUGGGCUGGGGGAGCUGCAGCAGCCUGUUUGCGGGGUUCCUCUCCCCGCACCCUGGGCGCCCUGACGUGUUUUGGGCAGAGCCAUGGUGGGAAGAGCCUCCCCGGAGCCCCAGGGCCAGGCCGCAGCGAGCUCUCCAGUGGAGGGAGAGCAGCCCGGCGCGGAGUGGCGGCGCCUCGCCCGCCCGUCCUCCCCUCUCCCGGGCAGCUCAGGAGCAUGCGCACGGCCGAGCUGCACCCGCGUGGGGCCCUGACGGUGGCGGAGCCUGCCCAGCGCCCCCAGCUGAGCCGACCCCGGUGCCCUGGAGGGGCCGGCAGCCGGAGGCGCUGAGCUGUGCCUUAGUCGGGAGGGGGAGGCCUGGCUGCACCCUCUGGCCUGUGGAUUGGACCCUGCCUCCUCCAGUUGGCGUGGGCGAGGCGGUGGGGCCUCCCAGAUGCUGCCCCACGCUGCACCCGGGCACUCCGCCCUGCUGGACACGUGGCCCCCUCUGUACACAACUUCAUUAACUAAAAAGUGAAGACUCUCUUGCCUCUGUGUUCAAGGU